AAAAUUCAAAUUCUUUUUCAGUUGAAAAACGUGUUUCACUCAGAAAGAGAGUGUUUUGUUCUUGAUUUAUAUUUUUUUCAGGUUUUUUAGAUUGGAAAAGACGAUGGAAAAACAACAGUUAAAAGAAAAAACAUUGUUUCUGCGAAAAAAAUUUAGCAGUAUUGUUUAUAAAAUAAAUAACAAUCGUGUAACUGGUCUCAUAUUGAACGAAUAUAUCGACUUCAUCAACGAAUUAGGACGACAUGUGGAUGAGUCCAAAUGGAUCGAAUUGACGUUGAUGGAAGAAAGAUGGAAUCUGGUUUUGGAUUUUAUUAAACGCAACAUGGAAACCUCUGGUAUUGAUCGCCAAAAACUCUUGGAGAGUUUGAACAAGUCGAAAAUAUUGGCGAGCAAGAUAUCUUUCAUUCAAGCUCGGAAACCUCUUCGUCAAGAUCAUUCGUUGGUCAUCGCAUACAAUCGACUGCGAAAUAAAGUGACAUCGGAAGAAAUUUGUCCGAUUCACCAAAAAAAGUUCAGGACUCAUCAAAUUAUGCUUAAUCAUUUGAGAUUAGAUCAUCCGCAUGUUUACGUUGAAUACGCGGAACCCUCACCGGUCUUGGAAUCGGACAAUUCACCGUUGAACAUUAUGGAUACCUGUUGAAUACGGUCAGCUAUGCACCGCAACAAAACGGCAUAAUUGAACGUAUGAAUCGAAC